UAUUCGUAAACAAGCCGAUAUCUACACGUGUGAUUAAACUUGCAAUUCCUUAAAAUUUUUAUUAGAUUCUACCUAAUUGCGAUUAUUAUUGUUGGAAAUGACCGAAGACGGCGAAGAGUUAGGUUCCAUCGAUGACCGGACUACGAUCCAGGAAGACCACGAGCCAGCAAAUGAAAACGUCACUGCAGACGAGCCAAUGUCUAAGCGAAAGCAAAAGAAGCUGAGAAAGUUGCAGCAAUGGGAAGUAAAGAAAAAGGAAAAACGGCUCAAAGAGAAGGAAAAAAUGAAGCAACGAAAGCUGGAAGCCAUCCAAGCAGGUCUUCCCACUCGAAACGGACCGAGCAGGAAGGAACUGAAACGGAAUAAAAUCGAUUACAGCAAAUCGGACAUUACGAUCGCGGUGGAUCUGAGCUUUGACGAAAUGAUGAUCGACAAGGAUGUAGCCAAAUGUGUGAAGCAGCUUCUGCGAAUCUACACGCUGAACAGACGCUCGGAGAGGCCAAUACCGUUGCACUUUACGGGUAUACGAGCGGGCGGUGCCGUCGAGAAGCACCUGAAGCGGAACGAUGGCUAUCAACACUGGGAUGUUAAGUUUAGUGAGAAAUCGUUCGUUGAUUUGUUUGAGAAGGAAAAGCUGGUUUACCUGAGCAGCGAGUCGGACAAUGUGCUGAGCGCGUUGGAGAAGGAUCAUGUCUACGUUAUUGGCGGGCUGGUGGACCACAAUCAGUAUAAAGGCCAUUGCCACGGGUUGGCUACUGACAUGGGAAUACGCCAUGCGAGGUUGCCGCUGAGUGAGCACAUUGUGAUCAAAACUAGGACUAUUUUGACUAUUAAUCAAGUGUUCGAAAUUUUAAUGAAAGUUCAACUGGGAAAGCCGUGGCAGGAAACGUUACUGGAGGUUCUGCCGAUGAGGAAAGGGGCAAAACCUAAAGAAGGUGAUAUGAUUACUGACAGCACAACUUUAGAAGAUUGUAAUAGAAAUAAUGAUUCAACGGAUCAGGAAGAACUAAAUGGAGGAAACGAAGAAAAGAAUAAUAGUGAAAUUACAAGUUGAAGAAAUACUUUUAAUGCGUAUGCAACGAAUAAAAUGCAUAAUACCUCAUUUA